UAAGAUGAUGCACAGGUGAUAUCUGCAUCAGCGAUUCCAUCUUUCUUGUAAAUUUUAGUCAUCUUUCUUAAAAUGAAUUCUUUCAAUAACAAGACACCGGCAUAUAUGUAUGCCAAAGGUUUCAAGCUUGACAAAUUUCUUGGAAAUUUACAGGCUUACAAAAUUGCUACAGGUCAAGUGAACAAGAAUGAACUAAAGAAUAUCUCCGAAAGAUUUGGAUCUGAUGAAGGUGCAGUAUUUGGAACUCUUAUAGCAAAUGCUUCCAGUAGCUCAAAAAUAGAAGGGAAAAUAGGGCAACCACCAGCAAAGAGAAGGAGAAGGAAAAGAAGAAAGCAAAACAAAGAAGAAAGGGAUGAGGAAAGUUCUGAUCCCACUGUAUCAAAGUCAAAUUCAGGUUCUCUUCCUUUGACUUUAGAUGAACCACUGGCCAUCCCACUGGCACUAUUAGCAUACAAAGACUGUGACUCAUCAGAUGAUGAUGUCAACAAUUUUAAAGAUACACAGAAGGAUGGACAUUCUUCAAGUACAACUGACGAGGGUGAUGACUCUGAUGAGGGUGAAACUGACUUUUUUGGACUGAAUUCUAACCAAAAGGAAAUCAAAAGCUCAAAAUCUAAAAAUUCACCUAAAACAGGUGGUGAAAGUUCAAACAGAUACACAACUACUAAGAGCCAGGAGAAGGAGGAAAAAAGACAGCUGAAACCAGUUAAUCAUACAGAAAAUAAGAUGCAGGUGUGGGAUAAAACAAAGUUUAAAUACAAAGAACAAAGCAGCAUCUUAUCAAGCUACAAAUGCUGGAGAUGCAGACGUGUUGGUCACCUACCACAAGACUGUACAGUGUGGACUUUCAGCUCAGCAGUUGGAUCCACUGGGCAGCAUAGUGAAUUUCCAUACAGCUGCAAUAAUGGUCAGCAGAAAACUUCACAGGGGCCAUUUUACUCCAGCUCAUUAAAAGAAUAUUAUAAAAGAUGUCAAAAGCUUCGUGAAUCAAAAGAUGCAAAGUGUAGUGACUGUGGUGUGAGGUCAAACCUGGCAUACUGUUUUGAAUGUGGAUUAAUUUUAUGUGAUGGCCGCGGACAUCUUAUCGAUCAUCUAAUGGAGUAUCCCAGUCAUACGAAACUUUACUCCUACAAACUUCAGAGACAGAUUAAGUGCUGUAAGUCAACUUGUGAGGUGUUGGACGCCACUCAGCUGUUAAUGUGUUCUUCGUGUCUUGAUAGAGUGUUUACAAGUCAUUACUCCAUGAUUAACGCAACCUGGUCUAGGACUGGACUGAAAGCGCUUCCCAAUACUCUUGCAUGUGAGCAGCAUUUUCACUGGCAUCGAAUGAAUUGCGCUAAUCCUACCGGAGAGGUCCUGGUGACGAGAGAAAAGCUGGAGAAUAAUAGAGCGAGAGGCGACGGACUCCUGAGUGAAUUUUAUAUCUAAUCAUAUUUCGGAUAAAGGAGAAAGAAUACAACAAAGAAAAGAGAAAAAGGAACGGUUUCUCUUAAAAAAAAGAAGAGAACCAAAAGAGGAGACACCCGGUUAAGAUGACCGUUACAAGGAAGGAUUACCUGAUGGAGAAUGACAUUGCAUAGACAAUGAAGAAUUUACCCACGUUAACUAAAGGAGAAAAAACGAUUGGUUGGUAAGGGACUUUAAGAGAGGAAGUAUUGAAAAAUAUCUUGUCUCCAAGGAGAGGAAAAGGUUAGACCUCAGGAAUUCGUAAGGACACUUUUGUCUCCAGGCCAAGGGAGAAAAAGAAAUACUAUACAAACAAAAGACUGUUACCCAAGGGAGAAAGAGCACUGGGAAGAAAACUGUAACCUCCACUCUGGGAAGUAUUUCAUUGAAUCUUUGUAACCGAACUCCCUUAAGCUACGUCAUACCACGCACAUAUCUAUGUUAGAGAAUAAAGACUAACAGCAAACAAAUAAAAAUGUGACUG